CAGAAGUGGGAACCUGGACGCCUGAUCCCCCUCCUCGAGGGGCACUGAAGCCUCGGGACCAGCUGGGGUCUGGCCCUGUCGCAGGCGGCCACCGCGCUGGAGAGAUGGCCCCGCGGCACCAGGCCACGUGGCUGUCCCCCGCUCUGCUGCUUCUCUGGGUCCCAGGCUGUCUGUCCCUGAGUGGCCCCCGCAGAGUGACAGGCACCGUGGGGGGAUCCCUGAGCGUGGAGUGUCGGUACGAGAAGGAAUUCAUAGACAACAACAAGUACUUUUGCAAGAGCCUAUGUCUGUCACCGUGGAGGAUCGUGCAGACCAGCAAGUCAGAGAGAGAAGUGAGGAGGGGCCCUGUGUCCAUCAGGGACCAUCCCGCAAACCUCACCUUCACAGUGACCUUGGAGAGACUCAGAGAGGAUGAUGCAGGAACGUACUGGUGUGGGAUCGAUACUUCCUGGUUGGAAGGAAUUCUUCGAGACCCUGCCUUCCAGGUUGCGGUGUCUGUGAUCCCAGGUGAGCUGUGCACACCCCCGACAAUCGCGGCCGAGACCUCGACAAUAGCAACUGAAAUUUCAACUGUGUCCUUCACCACCCUGGCCACAGACAGCACCACCCACAGCGCCAGCAGCCAGGAGGAAGUGCAGCCCAUGCAGCCCUGGGGGCUCCGAUUGCUGCUGGCCUUGUUAGCACUUCUGCUGCUUCUGUUGGGGGGCAUCUCACUGCUGGCCUGGAGAAUGGCUCAGAGGCGGGUCAAAGCUGGUAAGACGGCAGAGCUGCCCCAGAACUCCAGCCAGGCUGCGGAGCAGACGGAGCCCUGCUAUGAGAAUCUAGAGCUGCACACGUGUCCUCUUGCAAAACAACCCGCUCAGCCCAUGCAGGUGGAGGAGGAGUACAGCAUGGUGGGGCAUCCCAGUGAAAAUCUUCACUACACCUCGGUGGUAUUUGACCCCAGGAGACAGGAUUCUGAGGGAAACAGGGUUCCCUCCCAGAAGCCCCAGACACAGGAGCCAGUGUACACCAUGGUUAAGAAGACGUAAGCUUGUGUCUCCAGCCUUGCCAGCUGGAGGGCUCUGUGGGUCACAGGAGGCCCAGGGCUCGGCCCCCACCCACAUCCCCCACCACCUGCUCCCCUUGAUGGUGACCAACAAGGCAGCUGGGCUCCCCAAAGCUGUCCCUCUUGUGCCAUCAGCC